AUGGCCUCCCAGCGCCAGGCCUCGUCCGCCUCACAGACUCCCCUAAUCUCCCCCGCCGAACUCGCCUACCUCUACACCUCCCUCGCGCUCCCCGGCAGCCCCAUCCGCCCCGAUGGCCGCUCCCCGACGCAGUUCCGUCCUCUAACGGCCGAAACGGACAUCCUCCCCGGCACGAACGGCAGCGCGCGCGUCGGAUUCGCAGACGGCACGCAAGCAAUCGUCGGCGUGAAGGCCGAGGUCGAGAAAACGGCGCUGUCGCCUGACGCCGUGAACCUUUCGCUGCAGGCGCAGACGACCGAGGGUGACGAGGACGGGAAACCGGCUGCUUCGACUGGUGGGCAUGGAUCGUGGGUGCAGAUGUCUAUCGAGAUCCCGGGGUUUCGGGAUGAUGAUGCCCUGCCGGUGUUUUUGUCGGAGAUGAUGCGCGAGCCGUUGGUUGAGUCGGUGUCCAAUGGACAUGGUGGUGAUGAUGAUGCGGAGAUGGCGGGCGGGUUGAAAGGACGGUUGGUUAUUAAUAGACGGUGGCAUUGGCGGUUGUAUAUUGAUGUCCUCCUCCUCUCUCAACCUCUAUCCUAUCCGCUCCCCCUCCUGUCUCUUACGACCCAUCUGGCGCUCUUAUCGACGAAGCUCCCGAAGCUGAAAUCCAAGGGCGAAGAAGACCCCUUCUUCGACGACGACUGGAAUGCCGCUGAGUACUUAUACCCUCGCACACGCUCGAGACUGCAGUCCCAGAAGGUCCGCCCCCCGGUGACGCUGCUCGUCAUUUCCGUCGGCGAGAAUAUCAUCUUCGAUCCGAACCGCGAGGAAAUCACCGUUGCUGACACCGUCAUGGCGAUCUCGGUUACUCGGGACGGGGAGUCGGAUGGGUUGAAGCUUUUGUCGAUUCGGACGGUUGACCCGCCGUCGAGGUUGACGCAGCCCGGCGUGCCGAAUUCGGAGAAUAUGGCUACGGGCGCUGCGGUGAAUGCGGGCGACGGGUCUCUUGUUACCGGUGGGGAAGAGACGCCGGGGGUUUGGAGGCCGAGGAGGGGUGGUGUGAAGCGGAAGACGGUUGCGCGGAUGAUUAAGUUGGUUCUUGAGAAGGGGGGUGUCGGAGAGGAGGUUCUGGAUGGGUUGGAGAAUGUUGAGGUUGGCUGA